AUGGGAGCAUUCACAGGACUGAAAAUAUGAUCACAGAAUCUGUAUCCGAGUCAAUGGAUUGUUACUGCAUUAAAAAUGGUAGCUUUAACAGUAGAGAGUUCCUGAUCAAGGAAGUGUUGUUGGAGCUGAAAUAUUGUCAAAUAUAAUUGGGUAGUGCAAUUUCUACUGGAAACAUACUUUACUGCUUCAGUAUAGGUGUCAGAAAAAUGACACGGUAACAGGUAAAUCAAAUAAAUAUUCCACGUCGACAAUAAAUUUGUGAAAGAUUUGCAUUCUUAUGGCAGAGUUCACUGUUAAUAGAAAGAAAUCGUGUGCUAUCCAUGGAAAGACUCCGUCUCCAAAAGAUGAAAAGAUACUUCAGAUAAGUAACUUGACAACUUGAACGUUUUCAGAUCCAGGAAACUUGCCAAUGAUGUAUGGGCACAUUUCUUGUUGUCGUUGCUGGAACUGUUUAGCCUCAAUGUAAUGUUGCUUGCCACAAUUUGUCAUUGUUUUGUCUGCUCCUUAGAAAUCCAAUUAACCGUGAUCCCAAAAUAUUCCCUGAUGCAUCCAUUUAAAGGACACAUGGGCACAAAAAGCAGCAUAUUUUGUUUGGGAUCAUCCAGCAAAUUGUCCACACAGUUUAUAAUCCAAGAUCAUAUGGCUGUACAUUACAAAAAUCUACUUUCAACCAAAGCUGCUGUUGACACGUCUAUGCCAAAAACCAUGUCUACAAGUAUUAAGUACCGUGAUCAGCAGAAAAGGGAGAAGCUUAAAAAAGCAGUAAAAAAGUAUCAGAAGCAAAUUCUAUGCCUUCAUUCAUCACCUCAAAUGAACACCAUGUCUGUCUCACCACCAACAUGCAGAAUACCUUCUGUAAAAGGACUUACUUCAAUGAAGAUAUUUAAAGGCAAUCCAGAAAAAUCUACAAAUAUCUUCCACGGCAACCUAUCAUCAGAACAAAUUAAUGGACAAGAAAUAAAUCUCUCAAAUAUAUUUCCUCUAAAAAUCUCAAAGCCAGUUUCUUCGGUCAAUACCAGACCAAGUGAAACCAUUCCAGAUGUUAUCACUUCAGGUGCAUCGCAUCUUAUAGACUACAGAAUGAGUAGCCAUGGAAGAUCUAUAAUUCCUUGCAACCAAUCAGUCAGGUUCAUUGACAAAAACUUGACAAACAGAUCGUUUGAAGAUCCUCAAAAGAAAACAUUCUGCGGAGACAUCCUUGUUAAACAUUCCAAUUGGUUUACGGAAGAAAAUCAGUGUUUUACGCCAAGAAUUUUGAAGAAAGCAUCAAAGUCGUUCCUUUCAAAGUACCGCUAUUAUAAAGCGCCCAAAACGAGGCAAGUUGUAACUAUGAUGCGCAAUAAGAGCUCCCUUUAAGGUGGCAUUGACAGGUUCUUUAAAUGUUCAGAUAGUCUGUAGGAAUCUGAAGCCAAUGCACAGAGUGUGCAGUUUCUAAGUCAAUUCUCUUGGACUUGCCGUCUGCCCAUUCUAAUCUUUGGCAUGGUACACAUUUACCUCAUAAUGAUACCCAUUGUAUCCAGCCACUGCUAGUGUUUAGACAAGCCCAUGUUAUCCGCCAGCCUCAGGGGCAUGCUUCUUGUGCAUUUAAGAUGCUUGAAAAAUCAUGCUGGCUGACAGGAUGAUGACAUUUUUUAGAAUAAUUAAUGUGUCCUCAGAUAUUUGAGGAAAAUAAGAUUUGAAGGUAGUGGAAAGUAUUUUCAGCAAGUACUUUGAAGUGAUUUCAUUGAUCUGCCUUAUUAAUAAAUCUUCAAAGGUGCUAAGUAUGCUUGCUUUAUUAAUGCAGCAAUGGAUUAUUACCUUUUCCGAAAAGGGUGAUUUAAAAAUAAAAUUCAAGAUCCUUAACCCAGCAGGCU